CUGCAUUUUGUUUUCUCCUGCAUUCAGUUUUCCGCCUCCCCUGGAAAAACAACAACACCCAUUCUCGUUCACACCACACUUCCCCCUCCCCACAGGGGCGCGCCACCCCACCGGCAAAGUGCGCGGGCGGCCCCCGUUUCAACAUCAAAUGUCUCCGAUACGCAUCGUCCUUCUCGUCAUCUUCCUCCUACAUUUCGCCGCGGCGGCGACGGCGGCCUCCUCCGUCGAGCCGGAGGCGGACAUCCUGAUCGCCUUCAAAAACUCCCUCGACAACGCCGACGCACUCUCCAGCUGGGUGCAGGGCGGCUCGCCGCCGUGCAACGGCGACCAGGAGAAUUGGGUGGGGAUUUUCUGCGAGAAUGGAACUGUUUGGGGGCUCCAGCUUCAGAAUUUAGAGCUGGAGGGGGUAAUUGACGUCGACGUGCUCGCGAAAUUGCCCAAUUUGAGGACGAUGAGCUUUAUGAACAACAAAUUCGACGGGUCUUUGCCGAAUCUGUCGAAACUAACCAACAUGAAAUCGAUUUAUCUCUCGAACAAUGCUUUUUCCGGCGAGAUUUCGCCGAGUACUUUCUCGGGGAUGGAGUCGUUGAAGAAGCUUCAUUUGGCCAACAAUCAAUUCACAGGUCAGAUUCCGGCUUCUUUGAUUGUGCUGAAGAAGCUGAAGGAGCUGAUGCUGGAAAACAAUCAGUUCGAAGGCGAGAUUCCCCAGUUUCCGGCCGGCUUGAUUAGGACUCUCAAUGUUUCCAACAACAAACUCAUCGGCGAGAUUCCCCUCUCUCUCAGUAAUUUCCCUGCUUCUUCUUUUGACGGCAACAAAAUACUAUGCGGUGCCCCGCUGGCACUAUGCCCUCCCAAGCAGCACCUCACCCUCGGAUCAAUAAUUAUCGUCUCAAUCCUGGUGGCGGCGGCUUCUUCAGCACUCAUACUAGUAGUCUUCAUCCUCCGCCGCCGCAAGCAGAUCCCCCAGCCGCCGGAGGCGGCAGCCGCCGCCUACGGCCACCAGAAAAGACCAGACCUGGACAACAUGGAAACAGGCCAACUAUCCUCUGUUCCGGGCUCCGGCUCGUCCUCACCGGAGAAACUCCACCAUCACGGCGGCGGGGGCGGCAAGAAGUCGUCGGAACCGAGCGUGAAGAUCACGUUCCUGAAAGAGGAUAGGGUCAGGUUCGACAUGACGGACUUGCUCAAGGCGUCCGCGGAGAUCCUCGGCAGCGGCGUGUUCGGGUCCACGUACAAGGCGGCGUUAAACAAAGGUCAGGUGAUGGUGGUGAAGAGGUUUAGGCACAUGAACAAUGUGGAUAAAGGGGAGUUUCAUGAGCAUAUGAGACGGCUGGGGAGGCUGAGCCACCCGAACGUGCUUCCGAUUGUCGGGUUUUAUUACCGGAAAGAAGAGAAGCUUUUGGUCACCGACUAUGCCGAGAAAGUCAGCCUCGCCGUUCAUCUUCACGGGAUAUAUGGAUAUAUUCUGGGUUAUAAAAUCCUGACUCCGCAACUGCUGUAUCUAUCGGCCACAUGGCAGGCAAUAGAUCGCAGAGUCGUCCGGUGUCCAGACUGGCCGACACGGUUAAAAAUAGUGAAGGGAGUGGCGAGAGGGCUAAUGUACCUCUACAACGAGCUUCCGAGCCUGACGGCCCCACACGGCCACUUGAAAUCGUCGAACGUGCUCCUGGACGGGUCCUACACGCCGUUGCUGGCGGACUACGGGCUAGUGCCGGUGGUGAACCAGGAGCACGCUCAGGAGCACAUGAUCUCCUACAAGUCGCCGGAGUACAAGAGCAGCGGCCGCAUCACCAAGAAGACCGACGUGUGGAGCCUCGGCAUCCUCAUCCUCGAAACCCUGACGGGUAGGUUUCCGUCCAAUUUCCUGCAGCACAGCGGCGGCGGAGGCGGAGGCGGAGGCAGGGCGCCGGUGGCGGCGACGGGUGAUGUUGACGUGGCGGCGUGGGUGGAGGCCGCCGUGGGUGACGACGGCGACAACGUGGAGGUUCUUGACGCGGACAUGGAGAGGGACGAUCGUUCCGUGGUGGAGAUGAUGAAACUCUUGAAUAUUGGAUUGAGUUGCUGCCAGGUGGACGUCGACAUAAGGCCCGACAUUAAAGAAGCCGUCGAGAGGAUCGAAGAGGUUAAGGAAUAUUAAAAGAGUAC